UUGACAGCAGUGCUUCUUGAGGGGAGCGUUGAGCGCUCACGUCGCUCUCUCCACCACAUCGCACCACUGCGGUAGGAGCGGGGAAGGCAGCAGCGGAGAGGAACCCGGCAGCCGCACUUCACUUGCCUCAGCACGGAGGUGGAAAAAACAAAAACUAACAACAAUCCAGGUGACUAGCGCGUCUCUCUGCUGACUUUACCACAGAGGGGAGGACUUAACCUGAGAGGACAUAUACCAGCAGCACCCAGGGCAAAUCCUACAGUCCGGCGAGAGCGCAGGAGGGACAACUUUUGGCUAUUGCUCGGCGGUUUUUCAGCACGUCUGCGUAACCUUGGAAGUCAGACCUGUUUGUCGUGAGAGAGGAUGGGACCGCUACUCCUUUCCAUCGCCCUGUGUUUGGGCGCCGCUGUCCCGCAGCACGUGAAAGCAGCAGAUGGUGAGGAACCAACUUCAGCAGGCCCUUGCCAUCCAAACCCUUGCCACAACAGAGGAAUAUGUGAGAUCAGUGAAACCUACAGGGGCGACACCUUCAUAGGUUACGUCUGCAAGUGUCCACCAGGCUUCAGUGGAGUUCAUUGCCAACACAAUAUUAAUGAAUGCGAGAGAGACCCAUGCAAGAAUGGGGGAAUUUGCACAGAUUUGGUUGCCAACUACUCUUGCGAAUGCCCAGGGGAGUACAUGGGGAGGAACUGUCAAUACAAAUGCUCUGGACCACUGGGCAUGGAGGGCGGCAUAAUCUCCAACCAGCAGAUAACAGCCUCUUCCACCCACCGUGCUCUCUUCGGCUUGCAGAAGUGGUACCCGUACUUUGCACGCCUCAACAAAAAGGGCCUGGUCAAUGCCUGGACUGCUGCCGAGAAUGACAGAUGGCCAUGGAUCCAGAUAAACUUGCAGAGGAGAAUGAGGGUAACCGGCCUAAUUACCCAGGGUGCAAAGCGUAUCGGCAGCCCUGAGUACGUCAAGUCUUACAAAGUAGCCUACAGUGAUGACGGGAAGAGCUGGAGAACAUACAAAGUCAAGGGGAAAGACGAGGAUAUGAUUUUCAGAGGAAAUGUGGAUAACAGUGCCCCAUCAGCCAACUCCUUCACACCUCCCAUCGAAGCCCAGUACGUACGCAUUUACCCCCAAGUCUGCAGGAGGCACUGCACCUUACGCAUGGAGCUGCUUGGUUGUGAGCUAACAGGCUGCUCUGAACCACUGGGAAUGAAGUCAGGCCAUAUCCAGGACUACCAGGUCACGGCAUCCAGCAUCUUCAGGACUCUCAACAUGGAUAUGUUCACUUGGGAGCCGGGAAAGGCCCGGUUGGACAAACAGGGCAAGGUCAAUGCUUGGACGGCCGGACACAGUGACCAAUCACAGUGGCUACAGGUGGACUUGCUCGUGCCCACCAAGGUCACAGGUAUCAUCACCCAGGGAGCAAAAGACUUUGGCCAUGUCCAGUUUGUCGGCUCAUACAAAGUGGCGUACAGUAAUGACGGAGAGCGGUGGAGUGUAUAUCAAGAUCAGAAACAGGGGAAGGACAAGGUAUUCCAAGGGAACUUUGACAACGACACACACAGAAAGAACGUGAUAGAUCCCCCCAUCUAUGCUCGGCUCAUCCGGAUCCUCCCCUGGUCAUGGUACGGCAGGAUCACUUUGCGUGUAGAGAUACUCGGCUGCACAGAGGAAGAGUGAAGUCCUUUCCUCCAUCUCUCUUGCCAUACUGGAGUGUCCCACCCAGUACUUCAAAAAUAAACUGUGCAACCUGUAAAAAGAAAUCAAUUUCCAAUGGAUUUUUCAAGAAUACGUGUUUGGUUGUGGUGGGUUGCUGUUUGUUCUUUUGUACAAUGAUUUCAGACCUGCCCCUGAUCCACUUUUGUCUUUUAGUUUCCUCUUUCAAAGCGUGAUCUUUGUCUUCUUCUCAAGAUUUAUCAUCCUGUUUGGAAUGAACUUCUGUAAUAUAUAUGGGAUGGGUGGGUGGGCUUUGGAGAGGGUGAAGUUGAAUAGGGGGUCUCGCUGUGGUUUUAACUUGUUGCCAUGAAAGCUAUUGUACAGUGUCACUUUUUAACGAAGAUGUGAAAUAUGUCUGCCGUACUUCAUCAGACAUGAUUAACCAACAUCAUAACAUAAGUAAAUUGUCUAAAAUACCACGUAGACGUCACGCAUUAUCACAUUAUCAGAUGUGUUUUUACUUUGAUUACCACACGUCUUCAAGGCAUUUACCUUAAUGGACACUGACAUUACUACAGUCAAAACACUAUUAAUGCUCUUGUAUUAUAUGUAAAAGACUAAGAAAUUGCAUGGUGCGUGAAUUAUAAAUGUAUAUUAUGACAAAUCAUUUAAAGCCUCCAGCCCAGAGAGCAACUUAAUUUACUACUUUACUAGCAUUGAUUUAGGGACCUAUUUUUAUGUGCAUUUUUAAAUAGUUCUGAAACAUUACAACACACUGCAAAAGCUUGCUGAAGAUGAUGACGUGGGAGACAAUAAACAAGCGGUGCAGCUUAACGCGGUCCUGCAGCACUGACAUUGAGGCUUACAGGCUGUCUCUUGUUAAAAUGUUUUCAUGCUCUUAAACCGAAUUUCUUUUUUUUUCAUUUCUAUGUAUUCAGUUAUCACCACACCUUUUCUAAGAUAUUUGGAAUUACCAUUUGUGUUUGUUCUUUUUUUGUAUUUAUUUCAAUUUGUCUGUCAGAUACAUAAAAUCUGUGUUCAGUGUCUUUGUGUUGUCUUGGAGAAAUAAGGUGAAUCAAUUAAAAAGCUCAGGAUUGUUGUCAUUCAAUAACCCGCAAAUGUAUGAUUUUUUUUGGCCACCUAUUUAAAGAUUUCUGUGUGUUAUCAUUAUUAUCAUUAUUAUUAUUAUUUUAAAUGGCAAACGAGAAAGAACAGUUAUUAAACCAUGUCCACAUAUGCAUAAGGAAAAUACUGAAAGCAGGCUUUUAUUUUAUUUGAUCCCAUAAUAUGCUAUUUGAUAAUGGUUAAUUAAUUUCUUCAUUUUCAAAAGAGAACAAAUGUCGAAGAUUAAUAAUAUAUUAACACAUGUCAUUAUCUGAAACCUACAAUUAUGAUGAACUAUGGCAACAGCACGGAGCUCUAAAUUAAAUAUGGGCAGUGUUAUUCCAGGAGAUCCGUUCGUUAUUAUUGUACUGGAUGAGAGAUGCUUUGGUAAUGAAAUGUUAAAGAACUUGUGGGUAUUUUCGCAUGACAUGACAGCAGUUCUCUGUAUGUUCAAAUGGAUGCUAAAAUUGUUCAGAUGCAUUAAGGAUACAGGGGAUAAAGAUGCUGCAAUGUCAAUCACGUCAAAACAUUCUUUUUAUGCAAUUUUCACUGUAUGGGUUCUGCUGCAUCCUGUAGUAAAUGAACAGCGACUCUUGGCUGGUUAAAUAAAUCGAAGCAAACAAGUACCUGAGCUAUGGCGAUGGUGCCAAACCUUACAGCCCAUUCAGCACAGCUUAAAAACAGGCCUGGAUUAGUCCUGGAUUAGUCAGGCCUGGUGUCCACCCUUGGCUAGUUUUCCCAAAGCUCUUGAGUGCUAGAAUAAGAGCUGAAGGGAGCCACGUCCACUUGUAUGCUUCAUGUUUCACUUAAGACAUGUCAGCUCUCAGUCACUCAACCAACCAAUCAUUUCAUAUCACUGAAAUACAAUAGUAUCAGAUUGCAGCUCAGCCUUAAGGAGGAAGUAACAUGAACUAAAAUGCAACAUUUUUGGACUUCAUUCUGCAUCUAAAAUGAUGAAAAGCACAGCAAGGAAAAUACCAACAAGUGUGUCACCGUCCAACUAUUUUGGAGCUUACUUUAUACUUUUGUGUGCUAUUGCUUUCUCAGCUGUCAUGUCAUCAACAUGGAUGUUGUUGUAGUAACUGUAUGAAGUCUGAAAAUAAAACAAAAACAUGUUUGAUUGUUAUCUGGAUAAUUGGAACAGACUAUAGCCAGUUGUACUCUGGUUAGGUGAAUCUGAUAUUGAAUAUAUGAUAGAGUCCACUAUAACGGCGCUGAUGUGUUUAAAGAUAGGGAUAUCUUGUGUCAUGCUGCCAAACUUGUUGUGUACUUUCAUGUAAAUUACACUGCUGUAGAUUACCAACGUGUGAAAAUUGUCAUUGGUGUGCUCAGUCAUUCCUUAGAUUCAAGGACACGAAAUAAGCAUAAACAGAUUAUUUGUCUGUAAACAUUUUCCAUUUUUACUCUCCAGUUGUUUAUUGCCAAAUGAAGAAAUCUCGGCGAGCAUCUGCUCUGACUGAUAUUUGUAGACAGGUUCCUGUUUGCAGUCCUGCUACGAAGCUUUGAGGACGUUUGCAUGAUUUAUGAGUUUUAACAGUACAGUAUAACAAAGAUGUCCACAGGCACAUUAUGUUCUUGCACAUCGUAAGGAUCUAAUAGCCUUUACUUUGUACUCAUCGUCGAUUGUCUUGUGAAAUGUAAAGCUUCAUCUCACAUGUUCAAAAAGGGAGCGGAAGAUGAAAGUCAUCCUGUUUUGGUAUUUCUGUGCCCACUGUUCACAUAUUAUUUCUUACCUCCUCAAUCUGAGUGUCAAACACUAUGUAGAAAACAUACCUAUUAUAAUGCUGGUUAGGUUCAAGACUGGAGAAGAGAGCGAAAAACUGUGUACAGUGGAAAAGAUGUGUUGCUUCAAACAAAAAAACCUCUUUCAGUUUGACAAAUAAAAACAUAUCUGUGAAAA